UAAUAACUCGAUGAAUUCAUAACUUUGGUGAAUAAAUUGAUAAAUUAAUGAAUGAAACUGCCCCGUGACCCCGGGGUUGUUUGCCUAUCGCUGAGCACAUUGAAGCCGAAUCGUGGCCGCGUUUCCCAACACCAAACGACUCUCUCACCCCCAGCGAGACGAAACGAGCGGACAUCUCUUCGCAAUGCCCCACGCCGAGAUGAAGGCUACCGACCCCGAGGGUCCCCCCGUGACCCCUCACGCGGAGUUCGUUCACUGCCUGGGGGCCCCGACGCACGUCCUCAAGUACGGACGGACGCACAUGCGGGGCCCAGGAUACGAUGGGCAGGGACCCCCCCAGAUCCUCUUCAUGCUCAUUCCAGGAAACCCAGGUGUUAUGGAUUACUACAGAACCUUCAUGGCAGGACUCUACCAGGCGUUUAAAGGCCAAUACUCGGUGUGGGGUAUUAGUCACGCAGGGCACUGCGUUCCUCCUCCUGACCUGGAAGCUCAUCAAAAUGCGGACGAGCACCCAGACGUGUUUGGCUUGGAUGGGCAAGUCGAGCACAAGAGGGCCUUCCUGCGAGAGCAUGUGGGGCCUGCAGUGAGGCUGGUUCUCAUCGGCCACUCCAUCGGUUGCCACAUCAUCCUGGAGAUUUUGAAAAGGGACCCACAGCUCAAGGUGAUCAAAUCUGUGCUGCUCUUCCCAACGAUUGAGAGGAUGGCCCAGUCUCCCAGUGGUCGAGUGAUGACCCCGAUCCUUUGCCGACUGCGGUACCUCGCGUACCCCCCGAUCAUCUGCCUCUCCUUCCUGCUCCCACUGCGAGCAAAGACCCUCCUGGCUAGUGUGGCCCUCUGGGCCAGUGGCCUCGGCCCCAAAACUGACCCCAACGCCGUCUCUGCAUCCCUGAACCUGUUCAGCGUUCACUGCGCGGCAAACAGCAUGUACAUGGCCAGCCAGGAGAUGUACCAGGUUACGGAAAGGGACAAUGUUACCAUUCAGGAGCAUCUUGACAAGCUUAUAUUUUACUACGGAAUGUCAGACCACUGGUGUCCUGUGGAAUACUACCACGACAUGAAGCGGGACUUCCCAGCGGGCGAUGUUCGGCUUUGCGAGAAGGGCAUUCGGCACGCGUUUGUGCUGGACUCCAGCCUGGAGGUGGCCCAGUUCGUGCACUCCUGGAUCAAGGAGGUCCUCGUGUGA